AUGGUAGAUCCAACUGAUAAGUCAUCAGAUACAAUAACAACAACCAGUAGUUCAACAGCAUCUAAGGAUCCAACAACUACUACAAGAGAUCUCAGAAUGAGUGAUCUUGAGAAUAACAAUAACUUUGAUCAAAUUCAGUCAACCUCCACUUUAUUUCCGGAUGUCACUCCUACCAGCGCUCGCCCAGAUCCACUCUCAACUCUCAACUGA